GGUCUGAGUGGCUCGUCCCGAGCAGGACGGCUGCUUUGCAAUUGGUCUAAACGCGGAGUGGGCGGGACGAAGGGUGUGUGUCUCCUCGUUCCUCGGCCAAGAUGGCUGCGUCCAUAGCUCGGCGCCUGUGGCCUUUGGUGGCCUGCCGAGGGCUUCAGCCCCGGGGAGGUUGCGUCUGCAACCAGAGCCCAAGGAGAAGUUUCGCAACCGAGAGACGAGAACGGAACCUCCUGUACGAGCACGCACGCGAGGGCUACAGCGCGCUUCCUCAACUGGAUGUGGAGCCGCUGUGCUUACACCCAGAAGAAGCGGCGCGCACCCUGGAGCACCGCAAGGGGGAGCUGCGGCCCGACGACCUGCCGGCGAUCAUCGCGACAUGGCAGGAGCUGAGGCAGCUGCGGGAGCAGAUCCGGAGCCUGGAGGAGGAGAAGGGGGCUGUGGCUGAGGCCGUGCGGGCCCGGCUGGUGAACCAGGACAACAGUCAAGUGCAACAGGACCCCCAAUAUCAGAGCCUGCGGGCACGUGGCCGGGAGAUCCGGAAGGUGCUCACGCUCCUGUACCCCAAGGAGGCCCAGCUCGAGGAGCAGUUCUACCUGCGGGCGCUGAGGCUGCCCAACCGGACCCACCCAGACGUGCCCAUCGGGGACGAGAGCCAGGCCCGAGUGCUACGAACGGUCGGAGACAAGCCAGCUUUCUCCUUCCAACCCCGGGGCCACCUGGAAAUCGCCGAGAAACUCGACAUCAUCCGGCAGAAGCGCCUGUCCCACGUGUCUGGCCACCGCUCCUAUUACCUGCGCGGGGCUGGAGCCCUCCUGCAACACGGCCUGGUCAACUUCACACUCAGCAAGCUCAUCCAGCGGGGCUUCACCCCCAUGACGGUGCCGGACCUUCUCCGAGGAGCUGUGUUUGAAGGCUGUGGGAUGACACCAAAUGCCAACCCCUCCCAGAUUUACAACAUUGACCCCUCCCGCUUUGAAGACCUCAACCUGGCCGGGACCGCAGAGGUGGGGCUUGCCGGCUACUUCAUGGACCACGCCGUGGCCUCCAGGGACCUGCCAGUCAGGAUGGUCUGUUCCAGUACCUGCUACCGGGCGGAAACGGACACGGGGAAGGAGCCGUGGGGGCUCUAUCGAGUGCACCACUUCACCAAGGUGGAGAUGUUUGGGGUGACAGGCCCUGGGCUGGAACAGAGCUCGCAGCUGCUGGAGGAGUUUCUGUCGCUGCAGAUGGAGGUCCUGACAGAGCUGGGCUUGCACUUCCGGGUCCUGGACAUGCCCACCCAGGAGCUGGGCCUUCCCGCCUACCGCAAGUUCGACAUUGAGGCCUGGAUGCCCGGCCGGGGUCGCUUUGGCGAGGUCACCAGUGCCUCUAACUGCACGGACUUCCAGAGCCGCCGCCUCCACAUCAUGUUCCAGACAGAGGCCGGGGAGCUGCAGUUCGCCCACACAGUGAAUGCCACGGCCUGUGCUGUCCCCCGCCUGCUCAUCGCCCUGCUGGAGAGCAAUCAGCAAGAGGACGGCUCGGUCCUCGUGCCCCCUGUCCUCCAGCCCUACCUCGGCACCGAUCGGAUCACAGCCCCCACCCACGUGCCCCUCCAGUACAUCGGGCCCAACCAGCGCCAGAAGCCAGCGCUCCCGGGCCAGCCUGCCCCGAGCUGAGCACCCAGCCUCAGCAGCCACCAGGGUUGUGUCUGCGUCCUGGAGCUUAGGGGACCCUGGACCCCUGAGACACGUUGUCCUGAGCCUGUCCUGAUGUCUGUAUUCCUCGUCAGCUCCACACCUGGCCCUGUGGACUCCAGGGUCCACCCUUCCGUCUCCCCUGCUGCCUCAGAAUCAGUGACCCUGCUGUACUGAGGGUCCCAACCUGUACUGAGAAGCAGGACAUCUGGGGACCUGAAGUCUCUAGGGAUGGGAGAAGGAGAAGGACCUUCACUCCUCCUUCCUUCUUCCCUUUUCCCCUCAGUGCUUAGCACAAAGUCCCCAAUAAAUGGUCAGAACGAC